GACUUGAAACGCAGCAAUCAAUUCGAGAACAGAGCAUAUGCAGAGCACAAGAAAUAGGGGCAAACUUUCUCCUAUAUCGGAAAGCUAAAUAUUGAGCAAGAAUAUAAAAUAUCCUUGCUUUGUUGUUGUGUUGUAAUUGUUGCGCCUGCCGAUUUUGUUCGUUGUCGUCGUGCAUCACGGAGCUUUCCAUCAUCACAACCUCGAACCUCGAAUUCACCAGCUUCUCCAGAACACCAACCCCUUUCGCUCCGUGCUGUCGAAUAUUGAUAUCAACCUGCGCGCCUUUGUUUGCCCCAAUCUCGAGUCCGAAUGGCAGGUCGUUUCGUGCGCGCGUCGAAAUAUCGACAUGUCUUUGGAAAGCCCACAAGAAAGGAAGCUUGCUAUGACAACUUGCACAUCAGUCGCAAUGCUUGGGACACAAACUUGGUGAAGGCAAAUCCCGAAUACCUUGCUGUCAAUUGGGAAGCAAGUGGUGGAGGCGCCUUUGCUGUUAUACCUGUCAAUGAGAAGGGCAGACUUCCAGAGCAGAUCCCUCUCUUCCGCGGACAUACUGCGCCGGUGUUGGAUACAGAUUGGUCUCCGUUCAACGACCGACUCAUAGCUUCUGGGUCUGAUGAUGGAAAGGUCUUCAUAUGGCAGGUUCCGCAAGGUUUCACAUUAUACAGUGAUGCAGAAGAGCCUCAAGAUGUUGCGCCGGUCAGCAAGUUGACUGGUCAUUCGAGGAAAGUCGGACAAGUUCUGUUCAAUCCCGCAGCAGAGAAUAUCCUUGCCUCGGCAUCUGGCGACUAUACAAUCAAGCUAUGGGAUGUAGGAACGAGCAAAUCGCAUUUGACUCUGAAACAUGGAGAUAUCGUGCAGAGCUUAUCAUGGAGCGCAAAUGGGUCGAUGUUAGUAACGACAUCUCGAGACAAGAAACUUCGAAUAUGGGAUGUUCGACAAGAGAGACCUGCACACGAGGUUCCAGGACAUACUGGAGCGAAGAAUAGCAGAGUCGUAUGGAUGGGCGAGCAUAAUCGGGUUGCAACAACGGGUUUCUCGAAAAUGAGUGAUCGCCAGAUGGCUUUAUGGGAUGUUGGUAGCCCCGCAGAACCGAUUGGAGGCUUUGCUGUCUUGGAUUCGAUCUCUGGUGUUUGCAUGCCGUUUUGGGAUGAUGGUACUCAAUGUCUGUACUUGGCUGGCAAAGGUGAUGGAAACAUUCGAUACUUUGAGUACGAGAACGACAAGUUCGAAUUUCUUUCCGAAUACAAAUCUGCAGAUCCUCAAAGAGGUAUUGCUUUUGUUCCGAGACGUGGCAUAAAUGUUCACGAGAAUGAAGUUAUGCGAGCAUAUAAAACUGUCAACGACAGCUACAUCGAACCUAUAUCGUUCACAGUCCCAAGACGAGCAGAAGUCUUCCAAUCCGACAUCUAUCCACCCGCCAUUGGCUUGAAGCCAGCAAUGUCAGCAGAGGAAUGGUUGGGAGGAAAGGAUGGUAUUCCAGCCAAGAUUGAUUUGGAGAGUGUUUACGAGGGCAAUGCGCCUGUUGAAGUAGCAGCAGACUACAAACCUCCUACACCCGCACCAGCUCCUUCGCCAUCUAAAGCGCCAGCUCCAAAGAAGGAGGAGCCAGCGCCUACGCCAAUACAUAGGUCUCCACCUCCAACCAUGUCUGAGCAGAAGGGAUCUAUUGCCGCUAUGGCUUCAAAGUUCCAAGAUGAUGAUGGAGCAGAUGAUGACGAGGAUGAAACAUCAAGUUUCGAGGAGAUUUCGAAACCAGUCCAGAGGUCUAUUCCGGCUGCGGCCAAAGUUGAGUCGAAGCCAAUGUCACCACCACCAACAAAGACUGAACCCCCAAAGCCGUCUCCUGUUGCACAAGCUACCCCGAGACAGCCUCCUGCUGCAUCCCCGACAUCAACUAUGCCCAAAUCUUCGGGUCCGAUCGCAGCUGCUGGUUCUAGUAACGGUUCUGUGGAUGAGACUUUGCAACAGAUCAAGUCCAUUCUUGAGGCCCAAACAAGAACGAUCACUGCCCAAAGUGAGAAAAUCGGUCAACUGGCGCAAGAGGUUGAUACAUUGAAGAUGAAGGUUGGAGGUGGAUCUCCGGAUCAGAGCGAGAGAAUCAGACAAUUGGAAUUAGAAUUGGAGGCUGCUCGGUCAUAGAUGCGGCAGAGAUGUCAGCAUAGAAGGGACAUCACAACGGAGGCAAAAUAUCGUGUUGGAGUCUUCGUGCAGUCAGGAUUAGCGAAAUGAAGAGCAUGGAAUAUGCACGCUCGACAUCAUUAUCAUGUCCCGAGUUUCCUUUUCUAUUGGUCAAGUGACAAAAUGAAUUUAGAGAUUGCGUGUUCGGCCUCAAGUUGUACACAG